AUGGAAAAGGGAAUUGUUUCCAUUCUCAUAGCAUUUGCUGUAUAUUAUCAAGGAACUGAAGCUCAGGUACAAGCACCUAGAAUUGUCUGUUAUUAUACUAAUUGGGCUCAAUACAGAACUGGUGGAGGACAAUUUUUACCUACUGAUAUUAACGCUGAGAUGUGUAGUCAUGUUGUUUAUGCUCAUGCUGGUAUUAAUCUAAAUUACUCUAUAAGAUCAACAGAAUGGAAUGAUUUGCCGUCUGACAACAGUCCGGGAAUGUACCCUCAAAUCAUCUCUUUGAAGAACCAAAAUCCAGAACUGAAAGUUCUACUGUCUGUAGGAGGAUUUGCUCUCAGUCCGUCGUUUACAUUUCUGGUUCAAUCUAAACUGACCAGAGAUAUAUUUAUAGUAUCAGCUUUACGAUAUUUACGAGAAUGGGGGUUCGAUGGUAUAGAUAUUAUGUGGGAGUAUCCUACACGACGUGGUAGCAAGUUGGAUGAUAGACAAAAAUUUACAUCUUUCAUUGAAGAACUCAGAGAUGCUAUAAACUCAGAGGCAAUCGUAACCAAAUUACAACCACUAAUAUUAUCAGCUAGUGUUUCGGCUGCCAAGAUGGUUAUAGAUGAUGCUUAUGACAUAGUAGAUAUCGUAGAGGCUGUAGAUUUUGUUAAUAUCAUGUCCUAUGAUUUUACUGGUCAUUGGGAUGGUUGGACAGGACAUCACGCUCCUUUAUAUCAAAAUCCAGAGGAAGUUGGUCCCUUUACAUUCAAUAAUGUUAAUCGAUCAGUAUUAUAUUGGGUUGAACAAGGGGCUCCACCAUACAAAGUAAAUGUUGGUAUGUCACCAUAUGCCAGAACAUAUACUAUAGAAUCUAAUAAUGAAACAGUACCAGGUGUGAGAUCAGUAGGACCUGGUAGAGCUGGUGCCAUAACACAAGAACCUGGUGGUUUAGCUUACUAUGAGGUAUGUAACAUUGCAAGUGAUGGAGAAAUAUUUUGGGAUGAGAUACAGAGAGUUCCUUAUAUGGUACUAGAUGAUCAGUGGAUUAGUUUUGACAAUGAAAGAAGUACUUUAGAGAAGUUGGAGUUUAUUAAAAGAUAUGAUUUUGGAGGUGUUAUGCUGUGGAAUUUACCUUCAGACGAUUUCAUCAAUUCAUGUGGGUCUGGAAAUUUUCCGAUGUUGACAACCAUAUUUGAGGAAUUAGUUUUAAAAUCUGUAAUUCCUUAA